UCCCCAGAAUGGCGGGCACUGCGCUGGUGGCCAGAGAGGUUGUAGUGGAUGCCCUGCCGUAUUUUGAUCAGGGUUAUGAAGCUCCUGGUGUGCGGGAAGCGGCUGCAGCGCUGGUGGAGGAGGAAACUCUCAGAUACCGACCUACUAAGAACUACCUGAGCUACCUGACGGCUCCAGAUUAUUCUGCUUUUGAAACUGACAUAAUGAGAAAUGAAUUUGAAAGACUGGCUGCUCGACAACCAAUUGAGUUACUCAGUAUGAAACGAUAUGAGCUUCCAGCUCCUUCCUCGGGUCAGAAGAAUGACAUUACUGCAUGGCAAGAAUGUGUAAACAAUUCUAUGGCCCAGUUAGAGCAUCAAGCACUUCGAAUUGAGAAUCUGGAACUAAUGUCGCAGCAUGGGUGUAAUGCCUAGAAAGUAUAUAAUGAAAAUCUUGUUCAUAUGAUUGAACAUGCACAGAAAGAGCUUCAGAAGUUAAGGAAACAUAUUCAAGAUUUAAACUGGCAGCGAAAGAACAUGCAACUCACUGCUGGAUCUAAAUUGAGAGAAAUGGAGUCAAAUUGGGUAUCCCUUGUUAGUAAGAAUUAUGAGAUUGAACGGACUAUUGUGCAACUAGAAAAUGAAAUCUAUCAAAUUAAGCAGCAACAUGGAGAGGCAAACAAAGAAAACAUCCGCCAAGACUUCUGAAAGGACAGAUUAGUUUUGUGGGAAGAAAGGAAGAAAAGUUAGGCUUUGACAGAGUAUCAGUCAUCUGUACUUUCUCUGAACCGUGAAGGACAAAAGCAUCUGAUGGACACCGUUGAUGGUUAAAUGUUUAGAAAUUAUAGAAUGUGGGACUGUUAAUUCUUUUUUGUAUGUCUUAGCAAAAUAAGAAUUUUCAGCUUGGUGGUAUUUUUACAGCCGUAGGUAUGAUCUUAUGGUAGAAGAAUAAUAUGUUUGGACCAUAUUUUAUAUCCAAGGACCUUUAUUUAAAGCUUUCAACACAUACAAGAGGUUGGAAACUUUUGAUUUAUGCCUUUGUCUAAU